GGGGCCCUGCAGGCCGGGGGAUCUCCCGUCAGAUCCUCCGUGUCCUCAGCCCGCGCUGGGCCCAGGGGGACCCGGGAGCCGACAGGAACCGGGGCGGCGGGGGAGGGGGCCGCCUCCCGGAAGGUCGCGACCCGGGUAGGCGCUGGAGUUGGGACUUGGUCCUGCGGAGCGUCUGGGGAGCCUCUGCCGCCUGCGCUUGGGGACGCCGAGGGCUACCUGUUGGCCAGCGCGUCCCCUGUCCUGUGGCCGGGCCGCCCCUGGAGCUGGAGAACGUCAGCCACACAUUGUCCCCACCUCACCCACUCCCGCAAACACUUCACCCACCCUGCUUGUGGAUUCUGCUUAGUAAACCCCUUACCCACUUUACUGGACCCCACCCCCGCCCAUGAAGAUCCUGCUAGGUGCUGGUGUUCAGUCACACCCUGUCAGCAAGAACCCAGGUUAGGUCCUAGAAUGGUGGUGGACCUCUCCCCUGCAAUCGGAUCCCCAAUCUGGCUCUGGGAAAGAAGAGAGAUGGAAUUGAAAAGGUUGGGCGUUUCCUGGCAAUUCUUGGUAGUUCUGGUUCUGAUCCUGCAAAGCCUGUCUGCGUUGGACUUUGACCCGUACAGAGUCUUAGGGGUCAGCCGUACAGCCAGCCAGGCUGACAUUAAGAAGGCUUAUAAGAAGCUCGCUCGGGAAUGGCAUCCCGACAAAAACAAAGACCCUGGAGCAGAGGACAAGUUCAUUCAGAUCAGCAAGGCUUAUGAGAUUCUGUCCAAUGAGGAAAAGAGGACAAACUACGACCACUAUGGUGAUGCCGGUGAGAACCAAGGCUACCAGAAGCAGCAGCGCGAGCAUCGCUUCCGCCAUUUCCACGAGAACUUCUAUUUUGACGAGUCCUUCUUUCACUUCCCCUUCAAUUCGGAGCGGCGGGACUCGAUCGACGAGAAGUACUUGUUGCACUUUUCACACUAUGUGAAUGAAGUGGUUCCCGACAGCUUCAAAAAACCCUACCUCAUUAAGAUCACGUCAGAUUGGUGCUUCAGCUGCAUUCACAUCGAGCCUGUCUGGAAAGAAGUGGUGCAGGAGCUGGAAGGGCUGGGCGUGGGGAUUGGUGUGGUCCAUGCUGGGUACGAAAGGCGCCUGGCCCAUCACCUGGGAGCACACAGCACGCCCUCCAUCCUGGGGAUCAUCAACGGGAAGAUCUCCUUCUUCCACAACGCAGUCGUUCAUGAGAACCUACGGCAGUUCGUGGAGAGCCUUCUUCCAGGAAACCUGGUGGAGAAGGUCACAAGUAAAAAUUAUGUGCGGUUCCUCUCUGGCUGGCAGCAGGAGAAUAAGCCACACGCCCUCCUGUUUGGCCAGACACCGGCCGCACCGCUGCUGUACAAGUUGACGGCCUUUGCAUACAAAGAUUAUGUGUCGUUUGGAUAUGUGUAUGUCGGCUUGAGAGGCGUGGAAGAGAUGACCAGGCAGUACAACAUCAAUAUCUACACCCCCACCAUGCUGAUCUUCAAAGAGCACACAGACAAGCCUGCUGAUGCCAUCCAGGCUCGGGGACUGAAGAAGCAGGUCAUGGAGGACUUCAUCGCCCAGAACAAGUACCUGCUGGCGUCCCGGCUCACCAGCCAGAGGCUGUUCCAUGAACUCUGCCCUGUGAAGCGGUCUCACCGACAGAGAAAAUACUGCGUGGUUUUACUGACAGCUGAGGCGAACAAACUAAGCAAACCCUUUGAAGCCUUCCUGUCAUUUGCACUGGCAAACACUCAAGACACGGUGCGAUUUGUGCAUGUCUACAGCAACCGCCAGCAGGAGUUCGCCAGCACCUUGCUACCAGACAUGGAAGCAUUCCAAGGGAAGUCCGGGGUGUCCAUCUUGGAAAGGAGGAACACAGCAGGAAGGGUGGUGUUUAAAACCCUGGAAGAUCCCUGGACCGGCAGUGCAAGCGAUAAGUUUGUCCUUUUGGGUUAUCUUGACCAGCUUCGGAAAGAUCCAGCAUUUCUGUCCUCAGAAGCUGUGCUCCCUGACCUGACUGACGAACUGGCGCCUGUAUUUUUCCUUCGGUGGCUCUACUCUGCUUCUGACUACCUCUCCGACUUCUGGGAGACCCUGCUUCACAGUAACUGGCGGGAGAUGAUGCCUCUGCUGUCCCUCAUCUUCUCCGCCCUCUUCAUCCUCUUCGGCACCGUCAUGGUCCAGGCUUUCAGUGACUCAAAUGAGGAGCGAGAGUCGCACCCUCCAGAAAAAGAGGACGUCCCUGAGAAGGCUGGGAAGGCUGAGCCGAGCUUCACCAAAGAGAGCAGCAGCAAGAUUCCUAAAAAAGGCUUUGUAGAGGUAACUGAACUCACAGAUGUGACGUACACCAGCAAUUUGGUACGCCUGAGGCCGGGCCACAUGAAUGUGGUCCUCAUCCUGUCCAAUUCCACCAAGACAAGCCUGCUGCAGAAGUUUGCUUUGGAAGUCUACACAUUCACCGGGAGCAGCAGUCUCCACUUCUCCUUCCUCACCCUGGACAAGCACCGGGAGUGGCUGGAGUAUUUGCUAGAGUUUGCUCAGGAUGCGGCCCCCAUCCCCAACCAGUACGACAAGCACUUCCUGGAACGAGACUACACCGGCUACGUGCUGGCCCUGAACGGCCACAAGAAGUAUUUCUGCCUCUUCAAGCCACUGAAGACAGUGGACGAGGAGAGCGCGGGCUCCUGCGACGUGGACUCCUCCCGAGGGAAGCCCCUCAAAAGCAAACUGAGCAAGCUGUCGCUGUGGCUGGAGCGCCUGCUGGAGGGCUCCCUGCAGAGGUUCUACAUCCCGUCGUGGCCGGAGCUGGACUGAGCCAGGCAGGGCUGCAGAGGACAGCGCGCCCAGGAGCAGGGAGUCAAGAGAGUCUCCGUUUUAGAUUUCUCUUGUAGAGCAAUGGCUAGAAGUCCUUUCCUUUGUCACCUAGGAGUAAAGCGCACUGCAGGUUUGAUCCCUAGAUGAAAAUCUUCCCCUUUGGGUUUUCUUACCCCUGGAUGAAUGCCGCACUACUUCAGUAGACUGCCCAGCCCCUCCUCUUCGCUGUCCCUGGAACAUGCUCACACCCUGUCCUUACUUUGGAGAAACCCAGGGAUUGACCCUGAGCCGUGCCUGGAUGACCCUCAGGAUCUUCAGGAGCCUGUCAUGUGGGGUGGGUCACUCACCUCUCCCCCGCCCCUAGAGCAGGCUCCUGCUGGCCCCUGCCUAGCCUCUGCCAAGGUGUGUGCUCUCAGCACGGGACAGCCACCACGGCUGCCAGGUCCUCCAUCUUCCAAAGAGGCCUAGUUGUAAGCAGUUUUUCAUGUGAUUGUGCUUCUGGGAGCAAGCAUUGAGAAGUAUAUUUUGGGGGUAUCCCCCACAACAGGUGGUCAAGCAUGGUUUGAGAAGAAACGGGGGGGGGGGGGGGAAGAGGGAGGAACGAGGUGAGGGUGCAGCAUUCACAUUUGGUUGCCCCACCGAGAGGAUGGGUGGGCACUGACUGGAGGUGCACAGCCCUGUGAUCCUGCGUGAGUGUCCCCUGUUCCCAUCCCCCUCCCUCACCACACUCCCUGUCAGCACCACCGCAGCCAGGGCUGUCUGCCUUGCCAGCUCUGGAGUGACUGAGCUGCUGACCUGUCUCCAGAUGCCGUUUUGCCUCUGGAUUUUGCGUUUGAUACUAGGAGCCAUACCCUGUGAUCUCGUUCUCUGAGCGUAGGUGAGCUGCCGUAGAGCCAGUAGCUGUAAGAUGGCAGCACUUACCCUAGCCAAGAGCUAGGUGCAGGAGCCCCUCCUGCCGUGCUCUCCUGUAAAACGCCAGGCGUGUCUUCAUACCAAGGAACCUGACCUCUCUGACAAUUGCAUUUUGAACAUUGUCCCCAAAGAGCUGAAUCUUCAAGUCGUCUCUUGUGACUGCGAGCGGAGACUUGUCCGGACUCCUGUCCAGUAGGCAGCUAGCUUCUUUCUUCUGGCGUCUCUGCUUCACCACGUCCUCCCCCUCCCCCCUUCCCCUCCCUACCUCCCUCCCUCCCUUCCUCCCUCCCUACCUACCCCUGCUUCCUGCUGCCAGACCAGACCCCCCAGCUCCAGGCCUCCAGCCCGCCUGGCCCCAUGCACCUUGAGCUCAGGGCCAGAUCAUGCUCGCCCACUCAAGGGCCUGCCCUUUGUUUCUAAAGCCAAACCAUAAGGGGAGUUGGACAACUGUCACACGUGGUGUGUUCUACUGUCAAGCAAGUGCCGUUUUGUAAAGUGAAGGGCACAAAUCAGGGACCGGACAGCCACUCAGUGAGUAUCUCCACUUGUCCAUGCUUUGAACCAAGCCCCUCGGAUCCUGACUGCUCUAAACUCUGAGCUCCAAGGGGAAGGGAUCAGUUAUUUGAACCCAGGAACUCUGUAGUUUUCAAAGAGUCUUCAGCUUUAUUAAAAAAUAAAGGCAACGCUCCCAGGCUCAUUCUUCUGUCAGCCUCCAGCAGCACAAGCCGACCGCUAUGCUGCCGCGCCUGCGCCUGGCCCGGGCCUCAGACUAUACUUGUGGAGGCUGAGGGUGAGCUGGGGACAGCGUCUGCCUGGCAGCUGCAGAGCCUGAGGGCCACCCCAGUAUCACACAGGUGGUUCGUUUCUUUCUCUUUUUAUGGCUGGGCUCCUCUUAUGAGUUUGUUUAACUCAUUGGUAGAUUUUUGUCUUUAUGUUUCUGGAACUGGUCAGAUUCCUUGACAUGUGAUUUCUGAACACCCAAAACUCCCCAGAUGUUUGUUCUUUUCUCAAAACUACCAAGAAGAUAAAAUGUCUUUCCAUGUGAAGGGGUUGAGAGGAGGGGGGCCGGGGUUGACAUAAUCCCCGCAGACCUGAUGGGGACAGAUCCACCAAGGACACCACAGACCUUUCAUUUGCUUGCUCGCUCGCUCUAUCUCUUGCUCGCUCGCUCUAAAACAAGAGUCUGACUAUGUAGCCCAGGCUGGCCUCAAACUCCAGGCCCUCCUGCCUCAGCCUCCCAAGUACAGGGAUUCCAGGUGUGCACCACAAGUCUACCUUUGACAGAUCCAAGCCUUCCUGAAUGUCGUUUCUAUGAAUUGUUUAUUUUUGUGUCAAAGCUGAGCUGUUUAUGCUCAGCCAAUGCCAAGGUUUCCCUUCCUGAUGAAUGUAGUCUCACAGGACCCGAUUUCAGUUCAGACCCUGCUGUGUGAGGAGCGGGUAUCUGCUCAGGACAGCCUGUGAGUCAUGUCCAGGAGCUGGGCUGAAAGUCCAGUCAGUCUGUGGGGUGCCCUCUCCCUGCUACCUGGGGAUCAUCUAUGCUUGGCCUAACCCAAGUUGAUAGGCUGCCUGAGACACUGAGGGAGAUGGCUCUCCCUGUCAUCUGCCAGCACCCAAAAUUGUUUGCUUGUCAAUUUCAGAAGGCUCGGUCUCCUCAUUUGCAGCCACCAUCCAUGUGUUUGCUAAGAACAUAGAUCUGAGUGGUCUGCUUGGUUUCGGCUGGGGACUGGAAGCAAGUACCCAGCCUCUCUGGUUUGGUUUGGUUUUCAAAGUAGAAGUCCAUGUGGGGCUCAAGCUCAGGGGUAAAGCGCUUGCCUAGGGAGUAUGUGAUCAUCUUGGUUUGAUCCCUGGUCAUGAGGGGGGAAAUUGGGCACAGACCCUUAAAUGUUGAUAGGGUGGCACAUGCCCGACAUGCCAGCACUCAGGAAGCAGAGACAGGAGUAUCAGGACUUUGUUAGCAUGAGCAGCUGAAAGCAGCCUGGGCUGUGAGACCGUGUCUCAGAUAGAUGGUCCCAGGCUGGGGCGUUGGGACACGUGCGUAGCUCGGACGAGGCUCUGCUCUGUAACCCUAGCACCGUAAAAUAAGUACUCAGGUGCAGCGCUGAGUAAGCAGAGGACAAGGGUGAAAUAUCAUCCGUGUCCACAUGCCCUUAAAAACGAUGGCGGGAUGGCCUCUGCUGUCAUUUGUUAGAAAGGAUGGCUAUACUGGAGACAGAUCUGAGAGGAAGGGGAUAUUUUGCACUUUUGAUACUACUAGGAACAAAUAAUUUAUUUGGCAAAUUGUGUCUUUUAUGUUUCAUGUUUUUCCUUUUCAGUUUUGUUUGGGUUUGGUUUUAUAUUGUGAACAGGUACUAAAGCUAAUGUUAUUUUGUUUUAAGAAUAUUAUGGACUGGAAACAAAUAAACUAUUUUAAUGUG